AUGGCUAUUCCACACGCCAGGUUUCUUGAAUUACCUCCAGAGCUUACUGGUAUCGUUCUCUCUUACCUGGAUCUUGAAUCGGUUCACGCCCUCGAAGCAGUUGAAUAUGAUCGUGAAGAUGACUUAACUCCGUUGAGAAGAUCUAUAAAGGACCGCCAAAACCCUUUCAUAUUCUAUCGGAAAGAUUUUCCUCAUGCCGAAGCGCUUUUUGCCACUAUGGCGGACACUGGUAGCAUUGCAGCAGGAUCUAGAUUCCUCGAAUACUUCUCUCCCGGAUCCCAGGAAGACGAAUCUGAUUACAAUUUCUUUUGUCAGGGCGACAUAGACUCGAUUAGCGCCAUGAUGAGGAUCCUAGAAGAGAAUGGAGUUCAGUGGAAGCCACUAGCAGAAGGCCUAUUUGAACUCAUCACAUUCAACGCUGGCCGAGAAGUUACUGUCUCCCGCGAAAUUGCUCGCACUUUGAAAAAUUCGCUCGUGCUUCUGAGUCAGCGCCUCGAAGCUAUUAUAGGACCGUUCAAUGGGAACCUCUACCACCACCUUGGGGAGCCGGACGAGGAGCAUAUAAAGGCAGUUAGAGCUGCGCAGACAUCGUCUAAUGAGAUUGCGUCGCUGUUACGCGACGCUCUAGAAGAAACAAACGAUUCAAGAGACAGCAUAAAGAUAAAGUCUGACCGACAUGGAAUUCACCGAUGGGAAGUGGUGACAGCAUUGGAGCGACCAGAGCCAUGUCCAGAAACGCUACCCGAUACGAAUAUUAUUACCGGCACGCUUCGCGUAGGAAACUCUCUUCGACUGGUUCGAUUGGAAACUAACUUUGGCGGACUACAAUUUGAAGGUCUCGGCACCUUUAUGCAUAUCGCUCGGUUUUACUCCACUCAUUCGCAGUGCUUUUUGACCGGCACACAUGCUAUACAUGCCCAUCGCUCAACCCUUACCCAAAACCAAGGCGAGAUAUGGAGGCCUACAAACUGGAGACAACAGAAAGUAUACAACGAGCUCGAAAAGAAGCAUCACAAUCGAGGAUACAAUCUGGGUCGCAAGGCGCACAGCUCGCCCCUUCAGCACAGACAUCUAGGAGAUAGCAGAUCCCUAGUAAUAUCUUUCCAAGAUUAUUACAAGCCCACACAGCCCAUUGAUACUAUUGAUCCAGCCUUAAACGAAAAGAAUGCUCUUGAACAUAGAGAGUACUUUUUGUAUAAAGACGAGUCAAUACGUACCACAUUAUGGUACGAGCUAAGAGGAUUUAUGGUUUACCAUCCGAAGCCUCUCUUAGAGGAUUUUAUGGAUCCACUUUACGAUCAAGAACGACUUCUAAGGGAAAUGUACCCGCUGUUUCCACUAGCAUGGUGUGGCGUUGAGAUCCACGAAAGGGUGAAUUAUUUCCCAGGUCCAUUUAUAGAAGUCUAG